UGUCUCCCGGAACAGAAGCCUGUGUCCCAGCCCGGGGCUUUGGGGCCAGACGGGUCUGCCCAGGCCGAUCUCCGUCCCCUUCGCUGGCCCCUGGGGACCUCAGGACCAGUGGGACCAGCUGUGCCGGGUACUGAUGACCAUGAGAUCCCUGUGGCUGCUCAGAACCCCCUUCCUGUGCGGCCUAUUCUGGGCCUUUUGCAUCCCAGGUGCCAGGGCCGAGGAGCCUGUGGCCAGCUUCUCCCAGCCCGGCAGUGUGGGCCUGGACAAGAACACAGUGCACGACCAAGAGCAUAUCAUGGAGCAUCUAGAAGGUGUCAUCAACAAACCAGAGGCGGAGAUGUCCCCACAAGAACUGCAGCUCCAUUAUUUCAAAAUGCAUGAUUAUGAUGGCAAUAAUUUGCUUGACGGCUUAGAACUCUCCACAGCCAUCACUCAUGUCCAUAAGGAGGAAGACAGUGAACCAGCACCAGUAAUGAGCGAAGAUGAACUGAUCAACAUAAUAGAUGGUGUUUUGAGAGAUGAUGACAAGAAUAAUGAUGGAUACAUCGACUAUGCUGAAUUUGCAAAAUCACUGCAGUAGAUGUUAUUUGGUUAUCUCCUAGUUAUAUGCAAAUGUUACCCGUGAUAAUGUGAUUGAACACUUUUGGUAAUGCAAAAUAACUCAUUUCCAACUAUUGCUGCAGUGUUUUGUAAAAACCUGUAGCAAUUUGUUACACUGGGGUGAGAAAGAGAAGAGAAAUGGGACAUCUUAUAGUCCCUAUGUGCUGUUAAAUCUCUUAUUGGACCAGGGCUUGAUUAAAGAAUCUUUUUAAGAGUACUGGAUAAUUGGAGCUGAGCACUCAGGAACUUGACUGUAGUAUACUGCUAGUUUCUUGAUUUUAAUUCAUGCAACCUGAAAAGUAAGACAACAAGCUUUCCCAAGUGGACCCACAUCUCAGUAACAGUGAGGGAAUGGAGUUAAUGCCAAAGGUUUUCCUGGGGGUGGGGGAGUGUCCUAUCUCUUCAGGUAAACAUGGUCAAUAUUCUGUAAAGUUCCCCUGGCCUGAAUAAUUACUUGCUCUUAGCAAGUGGAUGUUUAUUAGUCUCUUUCAAAGCCACAGCAUAAGAAGAAUGUCAAAUAAAUGAUACACCACUGGCAAAAGUGAUUAACCUUUUCAGAUUUUCAGUAUUUUAUGCAACUACUGCCACGUCCUUAUCCUUUAUUUCUUUUCUGUCUUCUUCAACCUGGGAGAGACCUUGAAUUUAAAAGUGUUCUCUACUCUAAUCAAUAGUAAAUGUUUUAGCUUUCUUAAUGUUUGUAUUUCACUCUUGUUUCCAGAGUUUCGUUUUUGCAGUUUAGUAACCAUUCAGAAUGUAAGGACUUGAUACAGCAGGGGUAAAACUGCUGGCUGGUGUAGCCUAAGUGGAGGGUGAGAAGAUCAUUCACCAAACACAGUGAUUAACCUGAUACACGUUCUAUUUAGAAGGAGUGUUGUCUAGAUUACCUCUUAUAGCCUGUAUACGUGAAUUCUUUCAAAUCAGGAAAGGUUAAAAAAGGAAGCCUAAAAACUCUU